AUGGCGCAGCAACAGGCAGACAAUGUUAUGCGAAGGAAGCUGGUAAUAAUAGGGGACGGUGCGUGUGGGAAGACUAGUCUUCUCAGUGUCUUCACACUGGGCUAUUUCCCUACAGUGCCCACGGUGUUCGAGAACUACGUCACAGACUGCCGAGUAGACGGUCGAUCGGUACAGCUUGCUUUGUGGGAUACUGCAGGACAGGAGGAUUACGAACGACUUCGCCCGCUAGCAUACUCGAAGGCACAUGUCCUCCUAAUCGCGUUUUCAGUCGAUACCCCGGAUUCACUGGAAAACGUCAAACACAAGUGGAUUGAGGAGGCAAAUGAGCGUUGCCCAGAUGUCCCUAUCAUACUGGUAGGACUGAAGAAGGAUCUCCGAGAAGAUCCACUUGCUAUCGAAGAAAUGAGGAAGAAGUCACAACGCUUUGUCUCCCCAAGAGACGGCAGUGAGGCCGCCGCUGAGAUCGGAGCUAGAAAAUACCUUGAAUGCUCUUCUCUCACCGGCGAGGGCGUAGAUGACGUGUUCGAGGCUGCCACACGCGCCGCCCUGUUGACGUUUGGAAAGACCAGAGGUCCAUGCUGUGUAAUCUUAUAA